GUCAUUGCACAACUUUCCAGUUUUUAUCAUUGUGGUUCUUAAUUACUUCUUUCUUUUUAAGAAGAAAGAACCAAACCUUCUUAAUACAUCGGAUUUCUAAUAAGAACUGAGGUCCAACCAGGACAUGAAGUUCCAAGCUCCUCCAAUCAAAGUUCAAAGUUAACUCUGGUAAGUUAUAACUUUGUAAGUUGCAAAAUUUCUGAGCAGAAAAUUUAUAUAGUUAACCAAAUAAAUUAAAAUAACUGUGUUUAAUCAUCAAUUACACCCAUGAUUGGAAGAUGAUAUUAAGUGUAACGGGGAUAAGUGUAACACCUCUCACAUGGAAUUCGGUGUGACGCCCUUUGGGCCCAAAAUUACCAAGAAAUCAAGAACCAUGCCAAUGCUAGUGAAUUGCUCCAAUUGUCGCACGCCAUUGCAGCUCCCUGCAGGUGCCACAGUUAUUCGAUGUGCACUAUGCCAAGCUAUCACACACAUCGUUAAUCCUCGCAAUAUGCUGCCUGCUCCUGCUCCUCCUCCUCCUUUUUCAACUUUGCCCUUAUGCAACGUGCCUCCUCCUCCAUCGCUGUACAACCACAUGCCUCCUGGGCCUCCCCUCAAUGCUCACGGGAGAAAGAAGGCAGUGAUCGUGGGGAUAUUAUAUAGGUACUCACUCAAAGGUUGCAUCAAUGACGCUAAAUGCAUGCGAUACCUCUUGAUCAAUAAGUUUCACUUCCCCCAAGAGUCCAUUCUCAUGCUCACCGAAGAAGAAAUUGAGCCAUACAGAAUUCCAACUAAGUACAACAUUAGGAUGGCAUUAAAUUGGCUUGUACAAGGUUGCCAACCAGGAGAUUCUCUGUUGUUUCACUAUUCUGGUCGUGGUUCACGACAGAGGAACUCUAGAGGAAAUGAAGUCGAUGGAUACGAUGAAACUCUAUGUCCUUUGGACUUCGAAACUCAGGGUAUGAUUGUUGAUGAUGAUAUCAAUGCAACAAUUGUCAGACCUCUUCCUCUUGGUGUUAAGCUUCAUGCAAUAAUAGAUGCUGGUCAUAGUGGCACGGUACUAGAUUUGCCAUUCCUUUGCCGGAUGAAUAGGUUUUGCUUUCUUCUUGGUAAUAAUAGGGCUGGACAAUAUAUAUGGGAGGAUCAUCGCCCUCGAUCAGGUGUAUGGAAAGGAACAAGUGGUGGAGAAGUUAUUUCCUUUAGUAGUUGCGAGGAUGAUCAGACCUCUGCUGAAUCAUCUGCUCUAUCAAAGAUAACAUCGACAGGAGCCAUGACUUACUGCUUCAUCCAAGCAAUUGAGCGUGGGCAUGCAACUACAUAUGGGAGUGUACUCAAUUCCAUGCGUACUGCCAUUCGAUCUACGGGCGGUAAUGGCCUUGGUGUUGGUGGUGGUGUUGUGACAUCUCUCCUUAAUAUGCUUUUAAUAGGAGGAAGUUUUGGUGGUGGGCUAAGACAGGAGCCUCAGUUGACUGCCUGCCAGCCAUUUGAUGUGUAUACAAAACCUUUUUCCCUUUGAUUUUUAAUAGUUUAUUUAUAGGUUGAUAUAUUAUAUGAUGGUAUUGACUAGUCGAUGACUCAUGUAAUGCGUAGUACAUUCAAAAUAUUUUGUAAGAAAUAAUAUUACGCCUCAUGUAUAAUACUUAUCAUGCAGUAUAAUAUUUGGAAAAUAAACUUCAACUGCAU